CCGAGUUGCUCAGCCGAUCGAACAGUUUAAGCUCAGACUGCUCGGAGUGAGGACGUCGUCGUCAUCGAAAGAUAAUUUAGAACUGCUGCAUCUAGUAUAGGAAGCCAGACAACAACAGUAUUUGUUUAUAUUUCCACAUAGACCGCAUAUAAAUAAAUUAUGAAAUCAGAGGCGUUGCACAAGUUUCUGGCGUUGUAUCCGCUGCUGAUUGCCUGCGCGUGGAGCGCACCAUUGAAUCCAUCUCAACAACAAGCAACGUAUCAACAAAUGCCUGCAGUUCAACAGCCGGUUAUCUUAGUUAAACAUAAUAUAGGAACGGAAAAUGCCGAGAAUUACCGGAUUACAUUACCGUCGAAGGAGCUCAAAGCAGGGGAGCCUUGUCUUACGAUCACUUGGAAGACCAAUCCAGAUGGCACAGGUCCCGAUGAACCACAGAUCUACAUGGGCGAUGGCUACUUUAGAAUAUUGCAAGUAGCCCGAGGACAGAACAGCCAAUAAAUAGAAAACUAUAUUGUAUUUAA